AUGUAUAAAAUAUCAAAACGAUUAUCAUCAACAACAAUAUAUCAAAUUGUACUUGAUGAACAAUUACGUGAACGUUUCUGUGAACGUCUUAAGCAACAAUCAAUAAAUCCUAUUCGUUCAUCUUAUCCGAUUAAACGAUUAUCUAGUAAGAAACGAGAUAGUGCUGUAUUAAUACCAUUAGCAUAUAUUGAUAAAUCACCAUCAAUAAUAUUCACUCAUCGAUCAUUGCUAUUAGCUGGUCAUCGAGGUGAGAUAAGCUUUCCAGGCGGACGUUUAGAGCAAGAUGAAACUUAUGAACAGGCAGCAUUACGCGAAAGUGCUGAAGAGAUUGGCUUAUAUUCCUAUGAAGUUGAAGUUUGGGGUUGUUUAAAAUAUAUAACGACACGUUUUAUGAGUACUAUAACGCCAGUUGUUGGUUUAGUACAUGACAGUAUUGAUUUCAGUAAAAUUAAAGCAAAAUAUGAUGAAGUUCAAACUGUUUUCGCUGCACCAAUUGAUGAACUUUGUAUGAAACAUCGUUAUACACACUUCAGAAAAGGUAAUAUGGAAUACAAAUUACCGGUUUUUUUCACUUCACGUCAUUAUAUUCUUGCUACAAACGUAACACCGCAGAAUGAAUAUCGCAUUUGGGGUUUAACUGCCGAAAUGCUUCAUCUUGCAUUGCUCAAUUUAUUCCCAAAAUUUUAUCAGCCUAAAAUUUAA